AUGGGAAAUAAGAGAGAUCCUGUACUAGAAGAUGUGGUUGGUUAUCAAAAGUUGAUUGGAAAGUUAAUCUACCUUACUAUCACCAGACCAGAUAUAUGCUUUGUUGUGCAAGUGCUUAGCCAAUUUAUGCAAAGUCCAAAGAAAUCUCAUUUAGAAGAUGCAAUGAGAGUAGUGAAAUAUCUCAAAGGACCACCAGGUCUUGAUCUAUUUUUUCCUUCUAAUUCAACACUUGAGCUAAGUGUCUACUAUGAUUCUGACUGGACAGCUUGUGCUAGCACGAGAAGAUCAGUCACUGGUUAUGUGGUGAAGUUAAGGGGAGCUCUUCUAUCUUGGAAGUCUAAGAAACAACAGACAGUAAGCAGGAGUUCAGUAGAUGUUGAAUAUAGGAGCAUGACAGUAGCAGUAGCUGAGCUAACAUGGGUUCAACCUCAGCUCAUUUCCACAACUUCACAACUUGCAGAUGUGCUGACUAAAAGUUUAGGGACUGCUCAGCAUCAAAAGUUAGUAUCCAAAAUUGUUUUCAGCAGAUCCUGGCAAUCGUCUUAUGGGAAUAUUGUUCGUUUAUUGAAGAAGAAGAAGAAUAUUAGUAAUUGUACAAAUAAGGUGAAGAAACAAGUAGAUUAUGGUAUGUAUGGAGGGAGAAAUGAUUAUAAGUUGAAGUCUUACUCACGUACAAAUUCAUUUUAUGCUGAAGCUAUUAAGGAUUGCUUAGAUUUUAUCAAGAGGAAUUCUCUUUCACUAGAGGAAAACCCAGUUCUCAGCUGUGAAAGUUAA